ACCAUAAAUUGACCAGGCUGGGUUGCUUGAUGUCAGAGUGCGUUCUGCUGGCCGCCUGAGCACAUCGAUAGGGCUCCACAGAGGAUCUCGUCUUACCUGUAGUUUAGUAACGUUGCAGGAAGAAAAUACAAUUUCAUUUUAAACGUAAAAAUGACGGAAGCUGAUAACUGGGUUGAAGAUUUGGAAGAAAACGCCGCGAUAGCAAGAGUCUUCCAGAACUUGAAUAUCUACGGUGAACGUAUUGGGGAAUCGGGUCGUAAUUCUGAAGAAGGGCUAUCAAAUGAAAGAGUGGACUUUGUUGCAUUGCCUUGUGGUCAUCGAAUGCCGACAGACUACAUCUUUUCCUGGUUCAAGUAUUACAUUAAACAGAAAAAGGCUGAAUUUUCCUGCCCUUGCUUUAAUGUUGAGGGGGAAUCAUGCAGUGUAAAUCUCUCUUAUCAGGAAAUCUGUCAGCUGAUGCCACUGACAGACGAGCAAAGGGAAUUUCUAGAGGAGAGUCUUGCUUCUCUCGUUGCUAGAAUGCUGUUUGACAUUAAAAUGUGUCCUGGAUGUCAGUCUUAUGUGGAAAGACAAGAUGGAGGUAACCUGUGCGUACGCUGCACUAUCUGCACGGCCAACCUGAAUCGAAAAUACUACUUCUGCUGGAAGUGCGGCAGGGACUGGAAGGGGCCGUACACAAAUGCUGUGCGGUGUGAAAAUGACGGCUGUGGAGAGAGAAUGAGCACUUCAGAGCCACUUAUACCAUGCAAUCCUGAGUAUAAAAAGAAAAUGCUUCAAGAAAAGGGAAACGAAAUAUACCCAGUAAAAGACAAAUCCACUGACAGAAAACGUUUGGCACUGCUAAUCAACAAUAUAGAAUUUAAAAACUUACAAAACAGGGCCGGGGCAGACAAGGAUGAACGGAGUAUGGAAGUGCUGCUCGAAGGUUUGGGUUACACGGUGAUCACACUCAGAGACCUCAGUGCACAGGGUAUAUCUGCUGCCUUGCGAGACUUUGCCCAGCGAGAGGAACACGCCCAUUCGGACAGCUGCUUUGUGGUGCUGAUGUCCCAUGGAGAUGCCAGCGGAAUCAGUGGGAUUUUUGAGUCUCCCGAGAAUAAAGAUGAAGAGGACGUUUUUCAAACAGAUGAAAUUUUCAAUUGCUUGAACUCUCUGAACUGUGCUAGAUUGAGAGACAAGCCCAAAAUCAUCCUUAUCCAGUCGUGUAGAGGUGAGCCUCAUCCAUUUCAAGCGACAUUCUUUGGCAAAUGCUGCCCUCAUGUUAUAGAUCAAAAAGGCGACGUGCUUGUCCAGGAUGCUGUACCAAGAUUCAGGAAACAUCACCUUGAAAAAGACUUCUGCUGCCUGAGAUCAUGCACUCCAGAUACUGUGUCCUACAGAAACGAAAAGAAAGGCUCAAAUUUCAUCCAAGACACUGUAGAAAUAUUUAAUCAGUAUGCCCACCAGGAUGAUAUCGAGGAGCUCUUCAGAAAGGUCCUUGACAAGUUUAGGAAUUCACAUCCUGAACAAAUGCCAUGCAAGGAAAGAACAACAUUAUCUAAGAAGUUCUACCUGUUCCCUGGGUUGUAGAACACAGCGAGCACAACUUCUCACCUCGUUAACAUGAUUUAAGCAUGUGUUUAUUUCAGGAGUUUGUUUAAUUUUAAGGAUUUGUUAUCAUUUGAAUGAAUUUGCGUGGGCAUAUAAACAUAUUUAGCUUUGUUGUCCAGCUUACAAUUUGACUCCCCCAACCAAUCUAUAAAUGAAAAUAAAUAAAUGUUACUAUAAGUUGAACUAUACUAUUACUAUCAAAUCAAGAAAUUAAUCUUCUGGAUACUUUACUGUGAAUAUGAUGUAUUGGAUUUUUAUCAAUUUUUUUUACUGCUUGUUUAAAUUAUAAAUAAAUUCUCGACAGUUUACGUGCCAAAUUACAUAA